AUGUGGGCGCUUGCAGGCCGCGGUCCUGCAGCUCGCGUGUGGAGUCAGGCCGCGGGAGGGGCUCUUAAACGCAUCCGGACCCGGAGCGAAGACCCCCUCUUCAGAGAGAAUCUAAUCGUCUGCCGUGCGCCUGUCUGCUCACCUGUGUGCAGGUGUGUCACCUCUUCCUCCUCCCCGCGUCUCGUUCCAGGUGUCUACAUCAUCAACCUGAAGAAAACCUGGGAGAAGCUGCUGCUGGCGGCCCGAGCCAUCGUGGCCAUUGAGAACCCAGCCGAUGUGUGUGUCAUCUCCUCCAGGAACACUGGGCAGAGAGCUGUGCUGAAGUUUGCUUCUGCCUCCGGAGCCACGACCUUCGCCGGCCGCUUCACCCCCGGGACCUUCACCAAUCAGAUCCAAGCAGCCUUCCGCGAGCCCCGUCUCCUGAUCGUGACGGACCCGCGAGCCGACCACCAGCCGCUGACCGAGGCCUCGUACGUGAACAUCCCCACGAUCGCGCUGUGCAACACGGACUCCCCCCUGAGAUACGUGGACAUCGCGAUUCCGUGCAACAACAAGGGUCACCACUCUGUGGGGUUGAUGUGGUGGAUGUUGACUCGAGAGGUUCUCAGAAUGAGGGGCACCAUCUCCAGGGACCACCCCUGGGAGGUCAUGCCUGAUCUCUACUUCUACAGAGACCCGGAGGAGAUUGAGAAGGAGGAGCAGGCUGCUGCUGAGAAGGCUGUCGGGAAAGAGGAGUUCCAGGGAGAAUGGACCGCCCCCGUCGCUGACUUUGUACAGCCCGAGGCUGCUGAUUGGUCGGAGGGAGUUCCAGUGCCCUCUGUGCCCAUCCAGCAGUUCCCGCCCGCAGCCCCAGCUAAAGGAGCUCCAGCCGCAGCUCCAGAGACCUUUGCAGAGGAUUGGAGUGCUCAGCCUGCCACGGAGGAUUGGUCAGCUGCUCCCACUGCCCAGGCUUCCGAAUGGGGAGGGACCACGGCCGAUUGGUCCUAAAAUGUGCAGCAGCUACAGCGGGACGGUUCUCUCCUGAGGAAUCAAUAAAACAGCUGUUUGUUAUAUAAA